AUGCUUUGUGAUAAAGUACAAUAUGUAUGGGUCGUCAACUACGAAACCGACGGCAGCGUGGAAGUGACGGUGCGGCAGGAGGAAGGACGGACCGUAUCGACGUUGUUAGUCGCUCGGGUCACUCUCUCGCACUCGGGGAACUACCAAUGUGCCCCGUCGAACACCGACCGCGCCGCCAUUCGGGUCCACGUGUUUAAAGCCAAGGAACCGGCAGCGAUGCAGACGAGCAGCAGCACCCUCCUGCAGCACCGCCCCUCGCCCUGUCUGCUGCUCCCCGCGGCGGUCCUGCUACGGUACCUCGCCUCCUUCUGCGACCCGGUCACAUAGGACAAGGACAGCCUACAGGAGGGAAGUAUCCUAGGAAGUGUUUGGGCGUAGGAGGCGAAGAGGGGAGGGGGUGGGGGUCUAGUUGGCUCUCUCGGACUCUCGGACACGCGCCGGGGGAGAGGAAGAGAGGGGUGUGAAGGAGGUGCCGAUGAUGGUGAUGAUAACGGAAGGGGAAAAGUGAUAAGAAAGGAUGAGGAAAAGAAGAUACAAUGAGAGAAAGAGAUGGGAAGAGAGCGUCGCAAAAAGAAGGAUAUCGAUGAACAAGUUAGUGGCGGUCGUGUCGACGUCAUUGAGGUGUGUUCCUCCUUACCCCUUACCCCUACCCUCCCCCCCCCCCACUUCCUCCCUAAUA